CUUUAAUGGUGGUGUAUGUUGGACCACAUAAAUUUUGUGUAUGUAUGUCAUCUCUCCAAGUAAGAAAUAUAAAGGGGGAGGGGGGUUGCCGUAUCGGCAAAGUGAUUAAACAACUUCCCUUUUGACUUUGGCAUUCAUUGAUUGACUCCCUAUAUUUAUAAUAAAGUUUACUAGAGGCCAAGUGAGUCAGCAGGGGUAGAUAAAUGAGAAUUAAAUUAAAGUUCCCCUUUCUUUGAUGGCCACUUCAGUAUAUAAUUAGCUGGUAGUUGAUGUCACUCUUUACAUGAAGGCCAUAGAUUUAGCUAGCUAACAUUAGACCAAAACAAAUAGGAGAGAGAGAAAUUCAGAGAAAGAGAUCAAGCAUGGGAAGACCACCUUGUUGUGACAAAGAUGGCAUCAAGAAAGGUCCUUGGACCCCUGAAGAAGAUAUCAUCCUUGUCUCUUACAUCCAAGAACAUGGUCCGGGUAAUUGGAGAUCCGUACCUACUAAUACCGUAGGGUUGCAGAGAUGCAGUAAGAGUUGUAGGUUACGAUGGACAAAUUAUCUUAGGCCUGGAAUCAAACGUGGCAAUUUCACUCCUCAUGAAGAAGGGAUGAUCAUCCAUUUGCAAGCAUUAUUGGGUAACAAAUGGGCAGCAAUAGCUUCGUAUCUUCCACAAAGAACAGAUAAUGACAUCAAGAACUAUUGGAAUACCCACUUGAAGAAGAAACUUAAGAGGUUCCAAUCAGCUUUCCAGACGCAAGAGCCACAACUUCCAGGGACAACAUCAACAUCCUCAUCUCCACAUUACAAAUUUGGGAAUGAUGAUAACGUAGCAACACAACCGCAACUAACUUCAACAUGUUACGCCUCAAGCACUGAGAACAUCUCAAGGCUUUUGGAAAGUUGGAUGAAGUGCUCUCCAAUUUCAAACCCUAAGCACCACGACAAUGACGACAAUAACAACAAUAAUACUAGUUAUCAUGGUGGAUGCGUUGGUGAACAAGAUGAUCAUUUUGAGACACUAAUGUCGUUUGACAACCUUAACGAUCACAAGGAAUCCAUGGUUACUACAACAUGUGACUCCGUUGAGGAGGACAUUAUUAACGAAGGUGGAAAUAAGGUAAAUGAGAAUAUUGAUAGUAUGGAGGAAGAUGAUGAAAAUAACCCUCCAUUAACUUUUCUAGAGAAAUGGCUUUUGGAUGAAUCUACUACUUCUCGUCAAGUAACAGAGGAGAUUUUGCGACUACCAUCCAUGUUCUGAAGUAAGAUAUGAUUAGUGAUUACCUAUCAUUAUUAACUAAUUAAUUACUGCAAACCCAUUAUUAAGUGAACCGACCGGUUCUUUUUUAAGAGAUCAAAUCGGGAUCUCUGGCCCUGUCGAAAGUUCUAAGUGAGCUCUAUUGCUUAACAAUAAGCAUGUUAUGUACAUGUAGGUUACGUUACAGCAUUAUCUAUUAGAGUAGGUUUUUCUUUUCUAUCCUCUUAAUGAGGAUUUCUUUCAAUUGGGUUUAGAGUACCUCUUAUUGUUCUUCCAAUUAUAGGAGUGCAUCUCUUGCAAGUUGUAAAAAUGCUGUGAUAUUUCGUUUUAGUUGAAGAAUAAACAUAUGAUCUAUAAGUUACA